AUGGAAAUAACAAAUAUCACUUUAGGUGAAGGAACAGUAGCAAUUGUUAAAUAAAUAAAAAUUGGAGAAAACAUGUUUGCAAUAAAGCAUUUUAAGAAAUAAUAUGGAAGGAAGGAAUAUAUUAUUCAUAGUUUAUUGAAUCAUCCCAACAUUGUAAAAUUUAUUGUUGGAAAUGAAAAAUUUAUAGUCACUGAAUUAAUGAUGCCAUAUGAUUUAUUUGAAUUUGUGAAAAUUGCAGGAUAAAUAUCAGUAAAUGCUUCAAAUUGCAUAUUAAAAUAAUUGGCAGGUGCUUUAAAAUAUAUGCAUGAAGAAAAAAGAAUUAUUCAUAGAGAUAUAAAAUUGGAAAAUGUAUUAGUGGAUGAAAUAACAUACUAAGUUAAAAUCUGUGAUUUUAAUGUAAGUCAAAGUUUGGAUGAAGGAAAAGUAUCAAAUAUUAUUGGAACAGAAGGUUAUAUAGCACCUGAAAUUAAUUCUGUUGGAUCAAUAGAUGCAUUAAAUCUAAAAGAAUGUGAUAUCUUUUCUUUAGGUGUUCUGUAUUUCAUCUUACUUUUUGGUAAAUUUCCAUUCAAGACAGCAGAUAAAAGUUGUCCUUAUUUCAAAAAAAUAUAAUAAAACAAAUGGGAUGAGUUUUGGUACUAUACCUAAAAGAAUAUAGUUAAAAAGGUACCUCCUUUUUGUUUAGAAUUAAUUCAAGGAAUGAUUGAAAUCGACCCUAAGAAAAGAUUAAGUUUGGAUUAAAUUCUUAAUAACAUUGAAAACAUAAAUGAAAUGGAAUACAUUAAUGAGAUGAGUAGUAUCUGUACAAACCUAAAGUAUCAACGGUGA